AAAAUUCGCAAAUCAUUUCAUUUCAUUUUAAGUGGUCAUGGAUAAAAACCGGAAAAUAAUCAUUAACAAUAACAAAGAUGAGGUGAGAAUUGUCUCUAACUGGGGUCACGUUAAACGUAACGUCAAGCUGUCGGAGGUCGUUGAUCCUCUCAUUGAGAAAGGCAUCAUUACCCCGGACCAAUGGAUGGACAUAAAAAAUCGACCAAUCAGCGAGCCGGAAAAGAUGGAGGAAUUUUUGUACAUACUUUUAAAGCAGAAAUCAGGAGCUUUGGGGAUUUUUAUGAAAGCUUUGAGAAAUUCUGGGUUCCAACAUGUAGCUGAUGACUUGGAGGGGAUUUCUGGCAUUGUCGGGUGCACCACUCACACAAGGACACAGAUACUAGGUUCCAUCGAUGACACAUCAACGUCAAAAGAAAAUGACAAAAGUGGAGGUCAGGGUUCAGCCUCGUCUUCGAAAAGCACCGACACAGUACGACAGGAGGAUCUACACAAAAUGAAAGAAGAAAUCAAAGACGAAUUGCGCAACAUUCGAGAAAACUUAGAGUCUGAGAGAAAGCAAGACAGGGAUCAACUCUUAACUCUCCAACAAGAACACAAACAUUUAAAAAAUGACUUUGAAAAACUUCGACGACAGAAGAGCGAGUUGUCUCAGCGUUUGGAGGAUCUUUUGAAGUCUGUUGAAAAUUUGAAGACCAUGUUGGAGGAGAAGGAACGCGAAUAUCACGAAUUGAAAAGAAUAAAUGAUGGACUGAAAGAAGACGUGUUGAGACAAAGCAAGAGCAAUAGCAGAUCCAUGCAAGCAAAGGAAAGAGAGAAAGUGAUAUUGGAAAAGAAAUUAGAAAAGAAAGAGGAUGAAUACAAACUGUUGCAGGCCAUGAUGGAAACCCUUAAAACUGAUCACGAGGAGAGAUUGCGCAGGCUCAAGGUCGUGAACAAGGAGAAGGUCAGGCUGGAAACGGAGUACAAAAGCGUGCUGACUGAGAAGAAAGAAGUGGAGAUGAAAUAUCAAGCCCUUAGCCAGCAAGCAAAAGAAGCCCAGGUAAAGCACACCAAAGAGGUGUCAGACCUCCGGGGGGACAUCAAAGAACGCAUGUCACAAAUAGAGGGUUUAGAGAAGGACAAACACGUACUUGCUCAACAGCUGAGUGAGACUGAAAAAGAAAAUGAGGAACUGAAAAAAGAAAACAAGAUGUUGGAGGAAAAUCUACGUCAUGCUGAAGGGGAUAAGGACAUUCUCCAAACAAGGCUUCGUCAGCAUGAUCUUCAAAAGUAUGCUGUGCCGUCAUUUUCCUCGGUAGUGAGGCACCAAAAUUAUGCAACACCUGCCAGGCCGCCACCCAAACCACAAUGGAGAUUGGGAGCCCGCGGUAAAUAGCGCGAGAAAUAUCCGUCUUGUUGUCACACAGUGUUCGUCAUUCUAGUUGUAUAUAAUGACGAGGUCUAUUUGACAAUACCACAUGUUAGGGGACAGCCCCUCCAAAAGGGACUGAGUGGGGGUCAAAACUAUACUGUUAACAUUUUCAUUUUGUUGAAUUUAAUCAAUUCUAAAUAAUCUGCAUUAAUUUGUUGUGUAUAUUUAAUUGUUAAUACUAGCUUUAUCUUGGUUUAUACAAUUAAUUGUAAAUAUAUUUAUGUGUGUCGUAUUGUUGAAUACAGUCAAUUCUAAAUGCCGUGUGUCAUAUUGUUUAUAGAUACUUGGCAUGGACAUUUGGAACACCAGUCUUAUUUUCAUCAUUCAUAUCAUGUUAAAUAUCAUAUGUCUGUCCAAAUCUGAUAUCUACAUCGAUAGAAUAGUAAAAUAUCGGUAAAAUGAUAAAGAUAUCACAACAUAUAUCGAU